UGAGAACUGUGCUAAUGCGCGCCGAAGGUAUCCAUGAGGAAAUGCUGAAAGAUGAAGUGCGAACGAGGUCAUAUAGGGACUCCAUCUACCAGAAUGGCCACCUUUUCAAGGACAAGGUCGUUCUCGACGUCGGAUGCGGUACAGCCAUCCUUAGCAUGUUCGCUGUGAAGGCCGGCGCGAAGCAUGUCAUCGGCGUCGACAUGUCCACGAUAAUCGAAAAGGCGCGCGAGAUUGUUGAGCGCAACGGCAUGACGUCUAAGAUCACGCUGCUGCAGGGCAAGAUGGAGGAGGUGAAGCUUCCCUUCGAUAAGGUGGACAUCAUCAUAUCAGAGUGGAUGGGAUAUUUCCUAUUGUACGAGAGCAUGUUGGAUACGGUCCUCUAUGCCAGGGACAAGUACCUCAAGAAGGACGGCCUUAUUUUCCCCGAUAAGGCAACCAUCUUUAUGGCGGGUAUCGAGGACGGCGAGUAUAAGGAGGAGAAGAUUGGGUUCUGGGACAAUGUCUGGGGCUUUGACUAUACCCCCCUCAAGCACACCGCCAUGACAGAGCCACUUGUCGACACCGUCGACUUCAAGGCCGUCGUCACCGAUCCCGCAGCAGUCAUCACGUUCGACCUCUACACGGUCCAACCCAAGGACCUUGCCUUCACGCUCCCCUACACCAUCACCGCCAAACGAAGCGACUUUAUCCACGCUCUGAUCGCCUGGUUCGACAUCGAGUUCUCCGCAUGUCACAAACCGAUCCGCUUCUCGACCGGCCCGCACACCAAGUACACCCAUUGGAAACAAACGGUCUUCUACCUCCAGGAGGCGCUAACGGUCGAGAACGGUGAGACAAUCACCGGCAUAUUGAGCAACAAGCCUAGCGAAAAGAACCACCGCGAUCUCGACAUCAAAAUUUCGUACAAACUGAAUACCGAUGAUAUGCAUAGACAGGCGUCUGGCGAGGGCUCGUACCGAAUGUGCUGAUGUUGAUAUUUUCUCCAUCUUAUACACACACUUCCUCAUUCUUCACCAUUAGAGAUUUUGGUAAAGGGUUGGCGUUUUCCCCUGGCUUUGGGAUAAAGAGAGGAGACGGCAUCAUGAGCGAACACACCCUUGUGAUGGCUUCUCGAUUCGCGAGUUGCUGCUGCACUGUUUGAAAAAAAAAAUUACCUCCGAGAUAUCUAGGGUAGCAUGGUAUGAUUUAUG